AUGCAUACCUCCAUAUCGCAUAAGGACCGGGGCCACUAUGAGAGAACACCCCACGAUGACCCAGUGUCCAUACCUGACAAUUGUAAAGUGGCUGUUUCUGGAGACAUUGUUGGUCAGCAGGCUGCAAUAGUGUACCACAAAUUGUGGAGCCCCAGCACCAUACCAGACAGACAUUUCUACCAGAGGAACAGCUAUGGUUGUAAAAUGGAUUUGUCCAAAUGA